ACAGUAACUCAGUGUAAUGUUUACUAUUUCCUAACUUCUGAGCUUUUGGGAAAAUGCCCUCGACUGUUAUUGAGUAGUUCCGAUCUGAACUGUGCUCUUCGCUCUGCUUUGUCCUGGUGAUUUAGUUCCUGCCAAAAUGUGCUUGAGAUAUCUUGGAUUUGCUUUCCUCGUUUCUAUUCCAGGAUUGCUGCAUGGUCAUUCGUGUGAUGCUCCGAUUCUUGAUGAUGGUUAUUUGGUCCCGAAAAAAACCACGUAUUCUCAUGAAGCCAACCUCAUGUAUGGCUGUGAUAACGGGCGUAAACCGGCAGUGGAGGGUUGGUGGGCAACAAUCAUAUGUCAAAAUGGCACAUGGUCGCAUACACCACAGUGUAUAGAUGAACAAGCCUGCAUUCCACUAGAUAUACCUAAUGGAAAAUAUAAAAAAAGCCCAAAAGGUUGGUAUGAUAACAAACAAUCAAUCUACAUAAAGUGUGACAAAGGGUAUGAAUCCAAAAACCGGGAUGCUACAGCCAUAUGUUCAAAUGGAACAUGGACCUCUGUGCCGGUCUGUGAGAAAAGUAUUGAGACAUGUGGGGAGCCCCCUAAAAUCCCCCAUGCAGUCAUCAUCCAUCAGGAAUACCAGGAGUUGUUUGCUGCAGAUUCAGAAGUGCAGUAUGAAUGUGAAGAUGGAUAUUCUGUAGAGGGAGGAGGAACCAAAGAUAGCAUCACUUGCAUGUCUGGAAACUGGACUGAAGGCUCAACGUGCCGAGCCAGACCAGGUCCUGUAAAUGGUGGUUCUGCAGGGGGGGGGACAGGUGGGAGGCCCACUACAUCAACUGGCAGUGGGACAUCACAUAUAGUUGAAGUGAAGAACUGUGGACAGCGGCCCGUAGUAUCUAAUGGUGAUAUUGUGGGAGAUAAUAAAAUGUUUUUGAAGUACCAAUGUGCUGCUUGGUAUAAACGAGUGGGUCCAGAGAGAGUGAUGUGUUACAGCAACGGCAUGUGGUCAGAAGUACCCAUCUGCAAAGCCACCUUCUGUUCUGUGGACACUGAUACAUAUCCUGCAUUAUUAUCUGUUGGAGUUCAAAUUAUUAAAGAUGGUGAGACCGGGAAAUUGCGAUGUGUGGACCAGGAUCACUGGUUGACAGAUCAUUAUUCUGCGGUCCGUUGCACUAAUGGAAAAGUGAAUCUUUCCAGAUGUUGCGGCGCUAUUGAGUGGCUGUUUUGCUAAGGCUGUAUCACCAAGGGGAAGAUCUGCUGCCUUCGGAUCUGCUCAACGACUGAGAACAGUCUGGAAACCGUUCAGAGUCAGCAGAGUUCUGGUUGUGCUCUCACACACUGUUUGGGUUUUCAAAAUUUCUGACUCAACAAAUACAGUGUGUAUAUUUGAUGGACAGGCCUCAAUAAAGUCUUUAACUGGAAUUUUACCAAAUUC